GAGCAUGCGAAGCAAGAAAGACUUUGACCGUGGGCUUCACACUGCCCCUCGCCCCUCGACAGUGCCGUGUGUUCCAGCGGCCUGCGGCGGCGCGCGCGGGCGCGCGCGGGCGCGCGCUCUGGGCUCCGCGCGGGCGCGCGGGCGCGCACUCAAGGCAGCCAUGCCCUUGAAGCGCCACCUCGCAUUGGUGGUUGGCUCCCUCCAGGCAGCCAGCGGUGCAGGAGGAGCCGCCGUGCAGCCCUCGCUGACCUCGGGCGCCGGGGGCGACCAGGUGUACGACUGCAAGGAAGGCUACGCCAGCAGACGCACCAGCUGGAGCGAGCUCAAGAAGGCGUGGUGCUGCGAGAAGCGCGGGUGGGGAUGCGACGUCAACCUGGAGCUUCCGCAGGCGCCCUCCUGCUCGCUCCCCCCCAGCCGGCACCGGGGCAGGGGCUGGGCCGAUGGGGCUCGGGCCGCUUCAGUCAGGAAGG